CAUGCGCAUGCGCUCGAUGAGAAAGUGGCGCCGUUUCUAUGACAACAAAUAUUUUUAAAUUCGCAAAGAAAUUCCCGCCCGGUGAUCAAAAGCCGGUUGGAUACAGUGAGUUAAUGUAUACAAGAGUAAUGGAAAGUUAUCAAUUUAUUUAUCAAGCCAGAAAAUAGUGAAUUUGACAGAUAAAAUGCUGAAGAUAAUUUCAUUGGGUGACUGCGAAGCACCGGAGCUUAAUUACAAGGCAACAGUCGGGCUCAUUGAUGACAGACCAAUUUAUUGUGAUAAAACAAAUCUUUAUGAUGAAACUCAGCCGUUUGCUAAAUAUACGCGACAUUAUCCAGAAGUAAAUCUUACGCCUGAUAUGCUGGCAACGCGGGAAUCUGCACGGACAAUUGGAGCUGGUGAUUUGUUUUUACCAGUUGAGGACAGCGCUUUGAAAAAAAUAGCAAGUGUUUGGCGGGAGAAAGGUUUAGUCGAGGCGAUUCGCGUUGCUGCUGGUGAAGAUCCGAGAAGAGUUACGGCAAUCGUUCAUUGGAUUGCCACAAGGAUCACGACGGUGUUGGAUUUUAUUGAGAGGAAGACGUCAUCUUGUGACGGGUUACCUUCUAUUGGAUCUGGUUCAGUUGCUGAUAUCGCCGCGACCCGUGACUGGAACACAGCCUUGAUUCGUUGCUUGGCCUGGCAUCCGCACUGCUCCAGAUUGGCUUUGGCGACACGUGAUGACCGUAUCAGAAUAUUUUCCAGCGGGACUCAGAGUGUCGCAGUACUCCGACAUGGUGGUCAAAAAUCCGUGUGCUCAAUGAGCUGGAGACCUCACGCAGGUCGUCAAUUAGCAGCCGCCUGUUGUGGAGGAGUACUUGUAUGGACCAUCGAACUUGGAGCUGCCAGUUAUUCUCUAAGUCACGCCACUUUUCUGCGUCAGAGGAACCAUGCUCCGGUUACAGGAGUUGCCUGGCAUCCACAGGGUGAUUUAUUGGUAUCAUGUUCGCCCAACGAUCUCAAUAUUAUCGUUUGGGAUGUGGCGAGAGAAAUAGGGAUACCCUUAAAGCGACUAGGGGGUGGAGGUCAAUGUAUCCUUCGAUGGUCUUCAUGUGGCGCUAAACUUCUUGCUGCCACAUGUCGCACAGUAUUCAGGGUCUGGGAUACGGGAACUGGAAGACCCUGGACAGCUGAACGAUGGACGGUUCCUAAUGGUCGCGUUGCCGUUGCCUGUUUCGGGCCUCAUCAGACACUUUUAUUUACAUCAACAGAAGAUCCAGCCACACUAUUCUCUCUACCACUGCAAGAUAAUAUUUUUGACGCACGUGGUGUGACGUCAUUUAGCGAUACUAAAGUUGCAAUACCUCUUAUUGAUUUAACAAAAGUUUUAUUUAGUUCAAACGAUGAUGAGGACGGCAAUGAAGGCACUGUCGUAGGCGGACGUGUAGUCGCUAUGGAUUGGGAUCCAUCUGGGAAAUAUCUUGCAAUAUUAUUUCAAGACAGUCCAUUAGUUGCUUUGUUUAAAACAUCAGUUGGCACUAUUUCACGUGUAACUAAAAUUUCACCAGGUUGUUUAAUCACAGGGUUUCCUGGUGAAUAUCCAAAUUGUCUGCAGUUUCAUCAAUAUUUGGACGGCGAUCAACAAAAAGCCUGUCUGACAAUUGCCUGGAGCAGCGGCCGUGUUCAGCAGUUUCCCAUCGUCGAAAAAUCACAGUCUCCCACAAAAUGUUAUUAACAUUUUAUAAAAUACAAUUAGUAUUAUAAAUAUCAACACAAUUAACUUAAAGUCAAUGUACUACUCAAUUCUUUGUUAAAUUAAUUUAAAUAACUGUCAUAAAUAUUAUUAUAAUAGCAAGUGAAACAAUUUUGAUAAAAGUUAUAUUUAAAAAAUUUUUUUCUGGAUAUUUAACACUCAUAAGUAUGAGUUUAUCAUAAUAUACAAGAAAGAAACGAUAUGUCUUCACAACUUGGUAUCUAAUUAUACAAAGUCACAUGCAGAGCGCACGACUUUCUAUUUUUACGCCACUUGACCGUAAGCUAAACGUUGACGCGCGUGUUGUACUCUUUCAAAUACAAAUGUAUAUCAUCUUAAA